UUACCGACGAGGAAACAUUGAAUUCGGACAAAAAAUAUAGUUUGGUGGAAUUUAAAACUCUCGUGAUUUCCUAAUUCACAAACACGCAUUCUUUUUUAUGAUAAAAGCGGCGGGAAAGGGCAGCUUUGCGCGUUGUUGCUACGUAAAAGCCGGUCUCGCGCAAAGUGAUUCCUUCCUUAUCUUUUCCCGGGAGCUAACAGCUAGCUGCCGAGCUACCCCCCCCCCCCUCCACGCCCCCCCACCCCAACACAAAGGACGACUUCUGCCGGUGUUUUUGUCUUAUCGAUCCCUGAUCGCUCCGUUGAAUGAGGUUUGAGCCUCACGUGCAGGUCCAUCAUGGUGCUGACAGGGAAGCGCUCGGAGAAAGGCCCGGCCUGCUGGAAGAGGAGGGUGAAGUCUGAGUACAUGAGGCUCCGGCAGCUCAAGCGCUUCAGACGGGCCGACGAAGUCAAGAGCAUGUUCAACACCAACCGCCAGAACAUCGUGGAUCGGACCGACAUCUUGAACCAGGAGUGGAAGACCAGGCGGAUCCAGCCGGUUCACAUCAUGACGUCCGUCGGCUCCCUGAGAGGAACCCGAGAGUGCACAGUGGACAGCGGGUUCUCCGAGUUCUCCAAGCAGGUCAUCCCCCUGAAGACUCUGAACGCCGUGGCCUCGGUGCCGGUCAUGUACUCCUGGUCGCCGCUGCAGCAGAACUUCAUGGUGGAGGACGAGACGGUGCUCCACAACAUCCCCUACAUGGGGGACGAGAUCCUGGACCAGGACGGGACCUUCAUAGAAGAACUCAUCAAGAACUACGACGGCAAAGUCCACGGAGACCGAGAGUGCGGCUUCAUCAACGACGAGAUCUUCGUGGAGUUGGUGAGCUCCCUGUCGCAGUACAGCGACAACGAGGACGAUGAGGACGAAGAGGAGGAAGAGCAGCAGGACUUCAAGGUGGAGAAGAUGGAAGUGUGCGAGGCCAAGGAGCAUCCGGAGGAGCCGCCGCCACCACCGCCGCCGCCACGCAAGGAGGCGCUCGUUGCCAGUGAGAGCCAAAGCAGCGCUGACGACACCAAGAAGUUUCCCUCUGACAAGAUCUUUGAGGCGAUCUCCUCCAUGUUCCCCGAUAAGGGCUCCACGGAGGAGCUCAAAGAGAAGUACAAGGAGCUGACGGAGCAGCAGCUGCCCGGCAUCCUGCCCCCCGAGUGCACGCCGAACAUCGACGGGCCGAACGCUCGCUCCGUGCAGCGCGAGCAGAGUCUGCACUCCUUCCACACGCUGUUCUGCAGACGCUGCUUCAAAUACGACUGCUUCCUGCACCCGUUCCAUGCGACUCCGAACACGUACAAGCGCAAGAACCUGGAGAACCUGGUGGACAGCAAGCCGUGCGGCGCCGAGUGCUACAUGUACCUGGUGCAGGACGGAUUGGUCGGCGAGUUCCCCGCCGCGGACGACGCAGCGGAGCGAGCCAAGACGCCCACCAAGCGCCCGGCGGGACGCCACCGAGGACGCCCCAACAGCCGGUCGGGAACGCCGUCCGUCUCCUCGGAGACCAAAGACACGGACAGCGACCGCGAGGGCAGCAAGGAGGAGGAGGAGGAGGAGGAGGAGGAGGAUGGAGAGGAAGAGCAGCAGGACGACAACAAAGAGGACGAGAGAGACGACAACAAGAAGGACGACAACAACAGCUCCUCAGAGGGGAACUCUCGCUGUCAGACUCCGAUGAAGCUGAGGGUCGAGGCCGAAGCGGUGGAGUGGAGCGGGGCCGAGGCUUCACUCUUUAGGGUUCUCAUCGCGACGUACUACGACAACUUCUGCGCCAUCGCGCGGCUCAUCGGCACCAAGACCUGCCGACAGGUUUACGAGUUCCGGGUCAAGGAGUCGAGCAUCAUCGCCCGGGCGCCCGCCGAAGACGAGGACACGCCGCCAAGGAAGAAGAAGAGGAAACACCGGCUGUGGGCCACGCACUGCCGGAAGAUCCAGCUGAAGAAAGACGGCUCGUCCAAUCACGUGUACAACUACCAGCCGUGUGACCACCCGCGGCAGCCCUGCGACGCCUCGUGUCCGUGCGUCACCGCGCAGAACUUCUGUGAAAAGUUCUGCCAAUGCAGCUCCGAGUGUCAGAACCGGUUCCCGGGCUGCCGGUGCAAAGCCCAGUGCAACACCAAGCAGUGCCCGUGCUACCUGGCGGUGAGGGAGUGCGACCCCGACCUCUGCCUGACCUGCGGCGCCGGGGACAACUGGGACAGCAAGAACGUGUCCUGCAAGAACUGCUCCAUCCAGAGGGGCGCCAAGAAGCACCUCCUGCUCGCCCCGUCAGACGUUGCCGGCUGGGGGAUCUUCAUCAAGGAGGCGGUCCAGAAGAACGAGUUCAUCUCCGAGUACUGCGGCGAGAUCAUCUCUCAGGACGAAGCCGACCGCCGAGGAAAAGUGUACGACAAAUACAUGUGCAGCUUCCUGUUCAACCUCAACAAUGACUUCGUGGUCGACGCCACGAGGAAAGGAAACAAGAUCCGCUUCGCUAACCACUCGGUGAACCCCAACUGCUAUGCCAAAGUGAUGAUGGUGAACGGGGAUCACCGGAUAGGAAUCUUCGCCAAGAGGGCGAUCCAGACGGGGGAGGAGCUGUUCUUCGACUACAGGUACAGCCAAGCGGACGCUCUGAAGUACGUGGGAAUCGAACGGGAGCUGGAGAUCGCCUGACUCGACUCCUCCUCCCUGUGGAUCGACAACCAAGGCCUUACACACACACACACACACAAACACUCCUUCACUUCAGGAAAGACAGUUGACUUGUCAUAAUGCGAGAGCUUCAGGAAAACUGGGAAUAUUUGAUGCCGUUUUUUCUUUUCUUCUUGAUGCUUGUUUUGAAAAAAGAAAAACUUUCAUUUCUUUUUCUUUCUUCGUGUUUCUUUCUUUUCUUCUGGACGUUCAAACUUCCUCUUCAAGCUUCACGGACCAAAAUCCUCCCGUCGUGUUUUUUUUAUACCGCGUGAGCUGAAACCAGCCGGUAGCGUCUUCACCGCAAUGCUGAUCACAAGAUCAUCACGUCGUGCUCAGGGGUUCGUUUUCUUCCCGGUGGUACUUGAACUAAACAUUCUUGUGUUUUGGACUAAAAUAUUUAGAUAUUAAUGGAGGAAAAAUCUGCAGAUUAAUUAAUAAGGAACAAUUUAGUUGCAGCAGAUGUUACUAAAACAUACGGCAAGAAAUAACUGAAACCAAACUUUGGGUUUUUAAACCAUUAAUCUGUUAAUCGGUUUAUUGAUUGACCCAAAAAGUCAGAACAUUUAAGAAAUGUGUUAAAAUAAGUGAUUUAAAAAUGAAUCCAUGAUUUCUCAGUUUUAUAAGUAAUUUAUUUCCACUUAAAGGACAUUUCAGUCUCUUAAAGGAAAGACGGAUAUUUGUUCUCCUGCUUUCCUUAAUUGAAAAUAAAAUCAACUUUAGAUAUCUUAAUAUCUAAAACAUCUUAUAAAAUUAUGUAAUCAAAAGCUUUUAAAACAGUCAUGAACUAAAUAAAUAUUAGAACAUCUUUAAAUGUUUUGUUCAAAGUUCAGUUCACGCUCAUAAUUUUUGUUUUGUUUGUUUCUACAUUAAUCGAUUUUAUAAAAUCAGAAACUCGCAAUGCCUUCAGGGCCCACUGGGGGGAAAAUGUAGGCACAACGACGUGUGGAGUCCUUUUCUCUCUCAACACCAGCAGACACGUCACGGUGUUUACGUCGUUACCGGCUUUUAAAACGGGUGCUGCUUCGAUGCCUUCAGGUGCUAAUGUAAAAACACGAAACCAGCACUUCACACGUUCCUCAGUGAGCGUGCCUUCUUUUGUCUUAUAACCACACUCAUCCCUUUCUCUCUCUUUUAAAACCUUCUGCAUGAUCCUCUCUCUGAACUCAGGUGCUCAGACCUGAACCUUCUGUAAUUAAAGGCUCUGAAUCCUGGUGCUUCUCUCUCUCGAGGGGGGGGGGGGUUCCUGAACACAUCACGAGCCUCUUUGAGUGAAGGCUGUGUGCAUGAAGACGUUCUGGUGAAAUAUCACAAACCUUUUUACUGCCGCUUCAAACGAGGCUUCCUCUGUUCUCAGUGAUGCAUUUAGACCACGCCCCCUACCCACACACUGAUUUAGGGGCGGGACUAAACAAUCAGACUGAAAGUGUUUGAACUUCAAUUAAAAGUGAGGAAAAAAACAAGUUUAAAUGUGAAAGACGUUUAUUUGACCUGCAGGUUGUUUCGAACACUUUGUUUCUGAGGUGCUGAUUUUUGUAAUGUUUACAGAUUGUUGUUCAGUGACGCACAUUAAAAUAUUAUGAAUGGA